AUGUCGGUAUUUCAGGUCACGAACCACGAAAUCCCGUAAAAUACUUUGAUCUAUUUACAUACCUCGUCUGUGACGCAAGUUAGUCAAUGAAGCUAGUUAGUCAAUGUAGGUAACAUUGAGAAUAACAUUAAAAUGACAAAGAGAAAAAAUGUUUCGUUUUGAAAUGUACAAAAAUCCGAAGACCGAAAACAACAAUUAUUUUUAAAAUUUUCACGAAGAAAGUUAUUAAAGAGAGAUAAUUCUUUUUAAUAAUCAAAAUGACGAUCACUAAAUAAUUUUUUGAAAAACUAAAUGAUUAAAAGAUAUUAAUUUUUUUAUUUGAUUUUUGGUUAUGAAAAACCAUACUAUUGAAUAGUAAGUAAAGUUUCUGGUAAUCAUUGUAAAUUAUGAAAUUUAUUAAUAUCGCUUGAUAUCAGUUCAAGAAAUACGUAUGUGUAAGUAUUUAUGUGCACGCAUAGGUAUAUGAUUUCUAUAUAAGAGUUUACAACAGGUUUUAGUUCCGUCCUUUUUCAAGCCACAUGCGCAACUGUUUUUCUUUUUUCUGUCCACGACGAGAAUAAAAGUACCGUACUGUAGUCGAAUGAAAGCUAUCUACCAGGACAAUAACUCGACAUUCGCGUGGCGGUUCUCGAUAAUGAAGGCGUGUGAUUUCUCAUUUCUAUUUACAAUACUACUCUUCAAUAGCAAUGGUAUUUUAGGUGAGUACGUAUUAAAUUAAAAUCAUUUCCUUAUCACUAUCAGCGCGCAGCUUGAAUUUUAAACAGUAUUCAUAUACAAAUUUACUUAGUCUACAAUAUACAUAUCAUAGCAUAUGAUAACGCUUUCUCAAUAAGAAAUAUCACUAUAGAAAUAUUGACACGUUAAAGCAAUUACUGUUUUAUCAGAAACUAUACAUAGAGAAUCUUUUAUGUGAACCGGCUGCAGAAUACAUUAUUAUUAUUUGAUGAUACUUGCACUAUACAAUGAGAAGAAAGGAAAGUUUAGAAUACGUUUGACAUUUUGUUUGGUAGCUUAUGCAAUGGAAAUCUAACAUUCUAAUGCCAAUCGUCUGUUAGAUUUGUCAGCUUCAUUCCGCAAAAACGUACGCUAAAAUGCGUAAAUAAGCAAAAAUAAACGUAAUUUCCCGUAAUUAAUGAAUGAAUAGUGCGUUAUCUCAAAGAUUUACUAUUUCACUUAUUUAUAUUAGAUAAAUAAUAAUCCUACAUCCGGUACAUGAUUCAGAUCUGCGUAUUUUAUUAAUGAAAGAUAAUAAUCUAUCAUAAAAAUGAAUCUUUCCCCCCCCCCUCCUAAAAAAAUAAGUGUAAUAACUGUGCACUAAAGUUAUAUUUUAUUUUACUAAGCUCUAUUAAGGUCUAAGCAUAACAAGGUAGUAACUUGUUAUGUCGCUUCCUGGGCCGUUUACAGACCUAAUAAUGGACAAUUCCAAGUACCCAAUAUUCCUGCAGAGCUUUGCACGCACCUCGUAUAUGCAUUCGCGGGACUGAACAGUACGUCGUGGACCAUUAGGAGCCUCGAUCCUUAUCUAGACAUUGAGAAUGGUAAAUGCAUAAUUUUACUCGAUUAUCCUUAUGAAUGA